CAAUAAAAAGCCCUAGUCCUGUCCAGUGACCUUCCCCCACCUCUUCACUGUCCUCCAUUUUUCUCCCUUCCAGGCCACCGUAGCGAACCAUAAGCAUCUUCACCGGCCCACCCGACUCAUUCUUCUCCAUCUCUGCUGCAACUGCGACGGCGCCGCCCCUGUAUUCUAUCGCAAGCAUUCUUUCGUCGAGGUCCACACUUGAAUCACUCGUUGUUUGUUGAGUUUUCUCCUAACAAUUUUAUCCGCUAGGUCUCAGUUUUCAUCAUUUCCAUGGCGGUCGAUAAACUUCUGAAAGAUGAAGCGAGCGAAGAGAAGGGAGAGCGUGCUAGAAUGGCAUCAUUCAUUGGCGCUAUGGCGAUUGCUGAUUUGGUUAAGACAACAUUAGGACCAAAGGGGAUGGAUAAAAUUCUCCAAUCUACUGGCAGAGGACGGCAAGUCACUGUCACCAAUGAUGGUGCCACCAUUUUAAAAUCCCUCCACAUCGAUAACCCGGCUGCCAAAGUUCUUGUCGAUAUUUCAAAAGUUCAAGAUGAUGAAGUGGGUGACGGCACAACCUCAGUUGUUGUUUUGGCUGGAGAACUUUUAAAGGAAGCAGAAAAGUUGGUUGCUUCAAAGAUUCACCCAAUGACAAUUAUAGAAGGUUACAGAAUGGCUGCAGAAUGUGCUCGUAAUGCUUUACUAGGGAAAGUGGUGGAUAAUAAAGCAGAUUUAGCGAAAUUUAAAUCAGACUUGUUGAAGAUUGCAAUGACUACUCUUUGUUCCAAAAUUCUAUCACAAGACAAAGAGCAUUUUGCUCAAUUGGCAGUAGAUGCUGUAAUGAGGCUAAAGGGGAGCACAAACUUAGAGUCGAUUCAAAUUAUCAAGAAACCUGGAGGAUCAUUGAAGGAUUCCUUUUUAGAUGAAGGGUUUAUUCUUGACAAGAAAAUUGGUAUUGGCCAACCGAAACGCAUAGAGAAUGCCAAAAUUUUAGUGGCAAAUACUGCUAUGGACACUGACAAAGUUAAGAUUUAUGGUGCCCGAGUUCGUGUUGAUUCAAUGUCAAGAGUUGCUGAGAUCGAGGGUGCUGAAAAGGAAAAAAUGCGAGAGAAGGUAAAGAAGAUAAUUGGUCAUGGAAUCAACUGCUUUGUUAAUAGGCAGUUGAUCUACAAUUUCCCAGAGGAACUAUUUGCAGAUGCUGGAAUACUCGCCAUUGAGCAUGCUGAUUUUGAUGGCAUAGAGCGUCUGGCUUUAGUAACUGGUGGUGAAAUUGCUUCAACUUUUGACAAUCCCGAAUCUGUGAAACUUGGACAUUGCAAGUUGAUUGAGGAGAUUAUGAUUGGCGAGGACAAACUGAUCCAUUUUUCAGGUGUGGGAAUGGGUCAGGCUUGUACAAUUGUGCUGAGGGGUGCAAGCCAUCACGUCCUUGAUGAGGCUGAAAGGUCUCUGCACGAUGCCUUGUGUGUAUUGUCUCAGACAGUCAAUGACAGCAGGGUCCUUCUUGGAGGCGGAUGGCCCGAGAUGAUUAUGUCAAAGAAAGUGGAUGAGUUAGCUAGGAAGACCCCUGGGAAGAAAUCGCAUGCUAUUGAAGCGUUUUCACGGGCUUUACAGGCUAUUCCAACAAUCAUUGCUGAUAAUGCUGGGUUGGAUAGUGCCGACUUGGUUGCACAGCUCCGGGCUGAGCAUCACAAGGAAGAUUGCAAUGCAGGGAUCGAUGUCAUAUCUGGAUCAGUUGGAGAUAUGGCAGAACUUGGCAUUUCAGAAUCAUUCAAAGUCAAGCAAGCCAUAUUGCUUUCUGCAACAGAGGCAGCUGAGAUGAUUCUUAGAGUUGAUGAAAUCAUCACCUGUGCCCCUCGGAGGAGAGAAGAUAGAAUGUAAAACAGUGUAUGGUUGUGGGUGGCAAUGACAUCUUCUGGGGAGGUUUCAUUUUCUUGCAAGAAUUUUGGGUUUUGCGUUUACGAGUUUUUCGAUCAGUCGGUGUAUUUCCAUUCAUUCAUCAGCUGAUAAGAGGGGAUACUGCAAAGUUCAGUUCAUGAGACUGCGGCGGAGUGGAGCACUCUGCCACAAAAUGAAUUGCCUUACCUUUGUUGGAUCUUGUUGGUGCCACCCGAACGUGUUAUAUUUUGGGUUUGGCUCACUUAUCUUUGAGUUCUUACCUCUCUAUGUUCUUCGUCGAUGCAUGAUGCAUGUUUAUGCUGGUGUUCAAGAAUUAUCUCGGAUUCUGAAUUUUUUUUGAAAAAAAGGGUAAAAAGGUGCAGC